AAAUUAGUUAGAAAAAUAAUGAUUGGAAUCGACUGAAAAACAUUUCUUCGAUGUAUCUGGAAUUUUGUUAAAUUAGCUUAACAGCUAUACGGUAUAAAAAUGUAAAUAUAAUUUUCUUAAUAUUGAAACGUAAACGUCAAACUUGCUUUAAAGAACCAUUAUGAAUAAGUUGGAAAUAACGUUAAAUUACCCGGUAACUGUUAUUGCAUUCAAAUAAAGCAAAGCAACAGAUUCGCACUGGCAAAAUGUUUCAAAUUACUUCGAUUCAAGGAACGUGACAAGUCAAAUAACUUGACUAAUAGAACAGGCGUAGAAAAUUUAAAGGAUAUUUCAAAUCAACAAAAUAACACAUAAAGAAAUCUCGUCUCUACCCAUUCGAACUCGGCUUUAUCUUCGAAGGAAAAACAGUUACGAUAGCUGUUUCCACGUGAAACACGUUAUUCAUUCGCCUGAAUCAACAAUAAGAAAUACUAAUCUUCUAAGGAAUCACGAUCGAACUCGAUUCUGUUUCUGGCGAAAUCUCAAAGCCAAGAAAACAGAGGGGAAGGGGGAAAAAAACCUACGUAAUAGGAGGGAGAGGGGGCUCUCGUGCAAGGCCUUUUGAACCCUUGAAAUAUUUAGCAUUUCUCGAUGCAGUCGGCAGUAAAUAAUUUUGUAGCUGAGUCAGGACCAAUGGGCACGUGCAUAAGAUAUGCAUCGCGCGGCGACGACGCGGUUUUGCUCCCUUUUCUCGCGCCGUGCACGAAAUCGAGCCCGGUGCCUUCGCUCUUUUCGAUCGUAAAUAAGCGGGCCCGUUUCUAUCCCCUCUUUUUUCUUUUUUCUUUUUUUUUUUUUUUUUAAACCACGAUACAUUCGACUCCGCGCAACACGAGGUUUCCGUCCAACCGUUCCAUUCUCCGCACCCUCGUCGCCUCUUUUCUUUCCCCUCCCUCGUUAGUAGACUGACCAACCGCCGUUCCAUGCCGCUUUCUCGACGCGUCAUAAAAACGAGACAACGUGCUUUACGAUCUCGCCUCCUGUCUUUUUGUCUCGAGAAUCCGAGCGACGCGUGCUCCCAACCGCAAAGAAACACUUAUUAACAUAUUUGCCCCUAUACGAUCCUCUCUCCUCCUCCUCCUCUUACUCCCUCGCUUUCUUUUUCACGGAUAAUUUGUUACGAUACGGCUGGAAAAAAAACCGGGUUGAAGAAGAGUCGAGUAUAAAUUAGACGGAGAGGACAAAAAAGAAUCGAGAAUAUAUAUGUAUAUUCGGAACGGCAAAAAGAUACGUCUGUACUCUCGCGAUAAUAUCUUCUUCUUAGAUUACCUAUUUUAACUCGUAAUUCAGGAUAAAAUUACGAUUCUUCGAUAUCGAUCGUUAAUCUGAUUCGAGAUUGUUCUCUCUGGUUAAUUGCGGUCACGGGUACACGGGUGUUUGUGACGUGGAAAUAAAAUAACCCCCUUAUCGAAGUAGCUCCCAUUAAAACGAUUGCAACGUACCACCUACCAAUCUAAUUCCGUUAAAACGUUCCUGCUACGUGUUUUUCCCGGGAUUAAUCUCGUAACCAUGACUUCGUAUCCCCCCUCUCCCUCGAGAAGCUUCUCUAUUGGAAAUAUUAUUACCUCGAACGAGAGUUGAUUUGUACAAUGAUGACGUGUAUCAGAAACAAGGAAAUGUCAAUGUUCGGGAAAUUUCACUAGUAACGGUAAUAAUAUUGGCUAAUGAAAUAAAUUCAUCGAAGGAAAAUAUAUCGUAUCGAUAUGUCGUCGUAUCUUAAAUCUCAAGUGAAACCGACGAAAGAGGUUCCUAAGCGUCGAAAAAAAUCCACAGCUUCCAGUAACCUAUACGUGUCACCCUCUUUGAUCGACAAGUUUCAAAAGUGAGUAACAAAAUUUAUAUAAAAAUCGGAAUUAAACUGGAUAACAAAAUUUCGAAUUAAUCGCGUAAAAAUCAUUUCCUUCCAAUUUUAUCCUUUUAAAUGAAAAUAUUUUACGUUGGAGAAUCGAUUUUCUUCUUGUUACGCGUUAAACUUUUUAUCAUUCUAAUUAGCACAUAUUUGUAUCUGUACUAAUUUAUCUUUCGAAAAAACAGAUGCGAUGACGCAUUUGCAAAUUACUUGAGGCUUGCAUCGAAUAUAUACUUUCGAAACCAUUUGACAAACUUUUCAAAUGUUUAUCCUGCAUUCAAUCGAGUUAAAUUACCGUGAAUGGCAGAAGAAGCGUGAAGAUCCCCGAAUGGGAAUUCUAGCAGCUGACAUCGAUUUUUCUUACCGUCGUCACACUAUCGCACGAUUCAUCUUAAAUUCAUCACGCACAAAAUUGACUGCGCAUCGGGAAAUUAUAAAUUUGUACGUAGGGAGGGAGCAAAAAUCCGACUCUUUGAAAGUAUCGUCGAACAAUGGGAACAAGGAAUCCAAGGAAAUUAAGGAAAAGGAAUUGAAGGAAUCGAAGGAAUCGAAGGAAUCGAAGGAGACCGAGAAGAAGAAAGCUUCCAAGGAUGUGAGAUUGAUGUCGAAUCUUCCUAAUGACACGGCGGUACACUUUGGAAGUUUUUAUGGUGUCGAAGGAAACAUGAACAAACCACGAACGACCAAAGCGAAGAAUUCCAUGGAUUCCAUUAAUUUAUCGUACAAAUCGAUACCGAGAUUGGAAUUCACUAGGCAAAUGGUCCAAAAACUGGAACGAACAGCUGGUACGGAGGACUACGCGCGACAAGUGUCAGCCUUAUUGGAGGAGACGGUCGAACCGGCGCAUUUCAAACUGCAUUCUCUGCCAACCGAGAAUUCGAUUCCAGACGGGAGAUACAAUCCCACGGGAUUCCCGCUCUGGUACAAGGAACCUUAUAAAAUACCAUUCGCUUCGGACGAGAUUUACAAACUUUUAAAAGAGAAACUUGAUAACAUGGAAGGAAAAGCGAGAAAUGUCUUCGAGGAUGAAUCUCCGGAGAAAAGUUCGUUGGAAGAAUGGAGCGAAGAUGAGCAAAUGGAAUGUGGUGAAAAUGAUGACGACAUUAACGAUAUAUUGAAGAGAAGAAAAUCGUCGAUGCACUUGUUAUCGAAUAAAUCGUCUUCUCUUACCGAGGCGAAGGACACAGAUUCGAAGGAAAGCAGUGAAAUUUCUUUGAAUGAGAAACCGAAAACACCAACUUUGCCGCAUCAGCACUGAAGCGGUUUUAACGAACAUCUGAAAAAUAAACAAUUAAAUAUUAAUUGCAGAAAUAGAA